AUGGCACCCAUCAUCUACCAAAACACUGGCCCAACCCCUUGGGUUGACGUGCCUAACCUCGACUUGUUGACCUUGCUGUUCGACAGCGAACACGCCCCCUUCCAACCCGAAACACCUUCGCACCUGGAUUCCCAGUCCCCAACGAACUGCCUGACCAGAGCUCAACUCCUUACGCUGUCCCAACGCAUCGCCCACGGCUUGCGCACCAAUCAUGGCCUAGGCGCCUCCGGCCUCAACACCGACGUCGUCACCGUCAUCUCCUACGGUCAGAUCUUGGUCCCGGCGCUGUUCUACGGCGUGUUAAUCGCUGGUGGGGUCUAUAGCGCCGCGAGUCCGAGCUCUACUGUCGGAGAGUUUGCUAGGCAGAUUGAGCUCGGCAAGUCGAAACUGGUGGUCAUCUCUCAGGAAUUCGAGGCGUUGACGAGGGAGACGCUUCGGCUCCACGGACAACGACUAGGAAUCGGGACGGAGAAUGUGCUCGUGCUGGAUUCUACACCCGACAAGUGGAGUCUACGCACGCUGGACUCGGGGGACAGCGCCAUCUCCAGCCGACUGCUCGACUGGGAGCGCAUCACGGACCCGAAGAAGUUGAAGGAGAGCCUCAUCGUGAUCCUCUGGUCCAGCGGUACGACAGGUCUGCCCAAGGGCGUCAUGCUCUCUCACCAAAACCUCGUCUGCGAGACCUACCUGACGGCAUUGUCCGGACGAGCGUGGGGCGAGAAACAGCUUCAACAUGAUCCCUCCUGGACGCCGACGCCGUACCGCACCCUCGCGCAUCUGCCAUUGAGCCAUAUCGCGGGCUUGUUCGGGUACAUCAUCGGGCCACUGUACUCCGGCGGGCUAGUGGUGUGGAUGCGGAAAUACAACUGGAAGCAGUUCUACGAAAGCGUGUCCAAGUUCCAGAUCACAUUCUUGUACACCGUGCCCAGCAUCUUCCUGCGCAUCGCGAAGAGUCCUGAAGUAGCCGACCACUUUCGGACAGUGGAGACAGCAAACACGGGCGCCGCGUCAAUGGACGGGCCGCUGCAGCGCGCUGCGAACAGCAAAUUGGGCAAACGCGUAGGUGGGGUGGGGAAAGAGGAGACAUUUAUUGGGCAGACCUGGGGGCUGAGCGAGACGACUGGUGCCAUUACUGCGCAACCCAAGGGGGAGGUUGAUGAUACGGGCUGUAUUGGAUCUGUGCUCCCCAACGUCGAGAUCAGGCAGAUCGACACCGAUACGCUGAGGGAUGUUGAGCCGGGAACGCCGGGACAUAUGGUCGUGCGCAGCCCUCUUGUCACUCAAGGCUACUUCGGCAACCCUGAAGCGACGGAGAAGAGUUUUGUCGUGUUACCGGAUACGCCGAAGGAUCCGGGGGAGAAAUGGUUCCUUACGGGGGAUAUUGCGGUGUAUAGGGAUGGGAAGUUCUACAUCGUGGACAGGGAGAAGGAGAUACUGAAGUACAAGGGUCAGCAGAUCGCGCCGGCGGAGGUUGAGAAUGUGCUGGCCACGCAUGAGGCUGUAGGAGAGGCGGCGGUUGUGGGUGUGGAGGAUGGUGGAGAGAGUGGUGCUGGGGAGGUGCCGAGGGCGUAUGUGGUGAAGCGGCCUGGGGUGGAGGUCAGCGAGGACGAAUUGAAGAGGUAUGUGAAGGAGAGAAUGGCAGAGUAUAAGCAAUUGAGGGGUGGCGUGGUGUUUGUGGAUGAGAUCCCGAAGAAUGCCAUUGGGAAGUAUCUGAGGAGGGAGUUGAGAGAGAGGGCGAAGAGGGAAGUCGGUGGUGGUGUGAAGGCACGACUGUGA